ACCCAAUCUGAGGGAGGCAAAGAGAAGCGGGGGAGAGAAUAAAAGGAGGUUGAGAUGAGAAGGCAGUAACAGCAACAACCCUGAGCUGUCAACUCUGUCCUGAGGAAUUCAGACAAGGGAGGAGAUUGUAGGGAUCAUUAAUCAUUACGGUCUCUUUGAGCAGCUAACUUCUUAGAGUUUCAAGUCAUAGUGGUACCUGAAUCUGGUCAUCCCUUUUGAGUUUGUUAUUUUUUAAGCUCUGCUGUUCCCCCCUCCUCGUCUCUCAGAAGGAAGAGCUGCCCUGGGUCAACUGCCGCAGCUUCUCCACCAUGUCUUUGGCAGGAACGAAAUGCCUGGUGACCGGAGCUGGUGGAUUCCUUGGUCAAAGGAUCGUCUGCCAGUUGCUGGAGGAAGAGGAAGGACUGGCCGAGGUCCGCGCCACGGACAAAGCCCUCAGCCCUGAGACGCUCCAGCGCUUUGGAAGUAAGUUCCUCUGUGUUUGUUUUCUGAAGGGAGGGGAAGAUCUGGAGUUUAGAGAAGAUGUGCGAGGAUCCAAAUUGUAGGGUUAUCUCAUGGGGGGGGUCAUUUCGGGACAGUGGCCUCACUUACUGAGGUGUUGCAUGAGCUGAAACAUUUCAGAACGCAGGUGGGAGCUUGCAGGAUGCACAUAGAAAAGUAGCGUGCUCAGGAAAGGAGUGUACUGGGAUCCUUUGCCCUGACAGGCCACUUUUCUACCUGCAGGGAAUGUGUUUUGUGCAGCAGGGGGUUUGCCCAUCAGCAAGCAAGGUGCCUCAGGCCCCGUCCUUAAACUGUUGACAUAGGAGGUGGCUCUUUAAAAGGCAAAAGGCCUGAUAUUUCUUCACUGGUUUAGUUUUCUGUUUGGGGAUGGUUAAAUGUGUUUCAUGUUAAUAUUUUGACGGUGUGGGUUUUUUUAAUGUGAGGGUCGUUGUCUGUUUUAUAUUGCUCUGUGAUGGUAGAAUGGGGUAGCAGCGGGGCAGCAGUUGUACUGUGGAACAGGAAUACUUUGGCAUAAGGUUGCAAUUGUCUCUUCACAAACCUGGGCGUUCCCCGCAGACUGCCUUUAGCCUCGUCAGAAACACUGUCUCCGGCAAACACCUGAGUGGGCUGUACUUAUCUGUGUCUGCGAGGAGAUAUAAAAUCAUGUCAGAGGGGUUCUGGCCAAGGGACCUUGUCAUUAUAGGUACUAAAAAUCUUUCUCUUGCUUCAUUAUAUAAGGGGCAGCACCAGAUAUAAUGCAUAAGGUCCUCUACUUCAGAACAUCCCCUAAUGCAAACACAUUCGUUUUUUGGUAUGCCUCUGUGUCUCCCAUCUCUAUAAGCAGAGUUUAUUGUAUUUAGUCGUAACUCUGUAAAAGCUUUCCGAAGUUGUGCAAAAGUCAAUUCAUUAAAAUAAGAUGUAUGUUCAUUGGGAGUGGGCUGUAUCUCCACAACUUCCAUGUAUUCAGAUGAACAAAUGAAACAGGCUUCCACAACUGGAAUUGAAUGAUGUCUCCCUUUUUACAUGCUCAGCUGAAUGUUCAGAUGCUAUGCGAGUUUUUCCUGCCUGUGUGCCUGUGCUGGGAGCAGGGCUGGUGGUCUCUAGAUGGCAGGCAUGUGUGGGCACCAAUCCAGAGCGAAAAAUUAAGACUGGGGCAUUAGGUGUAAGGGCAACAAACUUAAACCUCAGAAGUUAGGUUUAAAUAAGGGACAACUGUUCCUUUGGUUAUUGUCCUAGGAAAAGCAGGAAGGACCUCCUGUGGCUGCUGUUCAUAUAUUUCUCUAUAGAGAAACCUUCAGUUUAAAAACUAAUUGACUGACUUCAGAGCACUGGCAGACUAGUUUCCCAUUGUCCCCUGAAUAUCCAGGAUAGCAGCAGCAACAUGCCUAGCAGUACAGUUCAGGAAAUAUUAAAAGGUUUUCUAUAAUUAACAAAAGCAACAUUCAGUGUCUCUUUCAGAUCCUCCAUACAGGUCAAUUACGGUCAGUUUGAGACCUUUUUGUUGUAGACAAUUUGAGGUUCAGGGCGUUGACAAUUUCUGUGUGUCUUUUCUCCUUUUCUGUGAAGUCGUACGUUUGUUAAAAUCCAGGGCUUGUGUACUCAAAGGGGUGGUAGAUGGCUGAUGGAGGGCUCCGGGUGGUGGACAGGGUAAUCUCGGUCUCCCAGAGUGAAAGGCUGGGAGGAGAAAGGAAGGAUUUCGGAUAAGAGCUGGGGGGGGGGGGCAGCUGCUACCUUCUGUGGGAGGUGGGGGCUGAGAAUUGCCUUUAGGAGAGGACUCUGGCAACCAUUUUGUGCGAGUCUGAUUGAUGUGUGACUGCUAAUAUGUGUGCCACUUUUGGCCACCAAAGGGGACAGAACAGGGUGGGGGUGUAAUGGGCUUAUGCAUAACCGCUGACAUGCACAAUACUAGAACACAACCCCCAUGUAAAUAGGGAGUUGCCUGUAUUUUUGGUAGUCCUUAUCUUAUUGUACAGUCGUACCUUGGAUCCCGAACGCCUUGGUACUUGGACAUUCUGGCUCCUGAAUACUGCAAACCCAGAAGUGAGUGUUCCGGUUUCCAAACAUUUUUUGGAACCCGAACGUCUGACGGGGGCUUCCUGCAGCCAAUCAGAAGCCACGCUUUGGUUUCCGAAUGUUUUGGAAGUUGAACGGACUUCCGGAACGGAUUCCAUUCAACUUCCAAGGUACAACUGUAUCUGUAUUGUGAAAAACUUUAAUAAAAAUCUUGUAACUGGUCAAUAUUGAGCUGUGGGAGGCAGCUUUCAGUGCCCCUAUGGCUUCCAACUGAAAAGCUGCAUGGGCACAGACUCCUUGGGAUUACACAAAGGUCAUGUUAGUCAUGCAAGGAAAAUGAGCUUUUAAGAAAAAGACCAAUAUUCAAAAAAGAGGCAGGCAUCUUUCUGCCUUCUUCAGUGUGCAGUAGAGUGCUGAGACAUCAUGGACUCUGCUCCCCCCCCCCUUUUUUGGGACACAUUGCCCACAAGGGCAUCUCUUACUGAUCGUGGGCAAUUAGACACCCCCCCCCCCAUUUUGAAAAUACAUACAAUUGAACUGAAGAGAGAUGUGUCAUAAUCCAGCACAGAUUUAGAAAAGGCUUAAGUCGGCCAGAAUCAUUUACUUCUUAUUGGCUCUAACAUACAGUUUGCAUAUACACUAUACCUCUAAAACACAUCUUUUCCCUCAAAAGAAUUCUGGGCGCAGAACUACCCAAACUUUAUAGAAAUUUAUUUAUGUAUGUGACUACAGCAGCAAUCAUGUUUAUUUGCUCAAAAAUGGAAAGAAGAAGUCCUGACAAAAGAAGAAUGGACACAAAAACUCGUGGAAUAUGCAGAAAUGGCAAAACUUACCAGAAAAAUAAGAAAUCAAGAUAACAAACUUUAAAAAAAUGAAUGGAAAUGGCUUGUUGAAUAUUUACAAACAAACUAAACAAUAAGAACAUUGGCAGGAGUGUUGUAAUAAUCUGCCAUUUUAUAGGAGUAUACAUUUAAAGUAGAUAACUAAAUGGUUAAUUCAGAAUAUGCAGAAAAUAUAAAAAAUUUUAGGAACCACAGAAAGAGGGGGAAGGAAGUCGAGUUUUAAAAAUGUUAAAAUGAUUGUAAAAUUAUUGAAAUGUGUAAAUAAAAGUUUUUUUAAAAAGGAAUUCUGGGCACUGUAGUUUAGCUCUUGCAGAGUGACAAUUCCCAGCAACUUUUAACAAACUACAGCACCCAGAAUUCUUUGAGGGAAAGAAUGUGCUUUCAAGGUAUAGUAUAUACAGUGCCAGAUUUACAUAUAAGCUAAACAAGCUAUAGCUUAGGGCCCCACUCUUUUGGGGGCCCCCAAAAAAUUUAAAGGGGAAAAAACCUGGAUGUACAUUUCCAAAAUAUAAGAAACAAAUAAAAUAAAACCACAAAACAGUGUUUUGUGUUGUGUUGUAGGCUCCUAUGAUGUAAGUAAUGGGCCCUGCCUGCCAGUCCGCUCCCUAAAAAAUCACUGGUUUGCUCAUAUAAAGGGCCCCAUUACCUUCAGUAGCUUAGGGCCUCAUCAAACCUAAAUCCGACCCUGAGUAUAUACACAGCCAAAGUCUUGAGAAACAUGUCGUUUUGGCUGCUCCUUGAUAUAGAUUAAACCAGGGGUCUGCAACCUUUAAGACAAAAAGAGCCACUUGGACCCGUUUCCGAAGAAAAAAAAACUGGGAGCCGCAAAACUCGUCAUUAUAAAAAUAACUUUUUUGGCACUUUUUAAAAUUAUUUCUUUGUUUGACCCCUCAGAAUUACUCCUCCUCAUAGAAAUAAACGUUAAAUUAACAAGUUACCUUUUUGUGUGUGUGUGUUCUUCACUCCCCUUCAAAACAGUGACCAGCGUACAUGCCCCCUUUCAAUGCAGUGACCAGCGUACAUGCCCCUUACAAUGUAGUGGGCGGGCGGGCGGGCGGGAAGGUGACGUUGGGACGGUGCGUGACUAACGCACGCACUGCCCCCAUGCGAUGUCACAGCCAGUACAGCGCCCGCCACAGUGGGGAGUGUCGGGGCGCACAAUGCGCCUCCUCCCUCUCACUAGUAUCCGCCCCGGAGCCGCGGCAAAGGUGUAAAAGAGCCACAUGCGGCUCCAGAGCUGCGGGUUGCAGACCCCUGGAUUAAACGGUAGGGAUUCUCCUGCUCUUUAGUGAACCCAUGGAGGCAAACAGCUGAUCACCCCUUUAUCUGAUGUCAUAAUUUCCAGAAGUGAAGACUACAACUCCCCUGACAAUCAUCGAAGGGGAUAUCCGGGAUGCAGCGUUCCUCCGCACGGCUACCCAAGGUGUCUCUCUUGUCAUCCACACAGCUUGCAUCAUCGACGUCUUGGGAUAUAUAGACAAACAGACACUCUGGGAUGUCAACACGAAAGGUAAGACUGGGUUCUGCAGAGGGAAAUCCGGGUGGGACACAAUUGGAAAGGAACGUUGGCAAGACGAUUGAAAUGACCUCAGCAGGGUGAUUUGUGCUGCUUAUUCAUCACCAAACCUUUUAUUGGCAUCACAUACAAACAUCCAAACCAAAUCAAUACAGAAUUACCACUUCCCCAGUGGCACAAAACAUUUGCUACAAGAAAGGAGGCAGAGAAGUCUAUCAUCACAUCUCUAGGUCUCCAGGGAGAUCAGACGUUUGCAGUGUAUUUCGACGACAAAAAAACCAAAUAGAGAUAUUUAGCCAGUAACUUGGUGAGCUCUUGAUCAUUCCCCAGUAAUAGAAAAUGUAUGACCUCCAACUCUGGUUUCCAUUUGGGGAUGCAGAGUUGAUCCGUGAGGGAGCCUUCCCAGACCCGCUGAAAGAGGCGGUUAUUAAACCGCUUCUUAAAAAACCAUCUUUAGAUGCGGCCAUGAUGGCCAACUAUCGCCCAGUCUCAAAUCUUCCAUUCUUGGGCAAGGUGAUUGAGCGAGUGGUUGCUGAACAACUCCAGGCACGCCUGGAAGAAGCGGACCAUUUGGAUCCCUUCCAGUCGGGAUUCAGGCCUCAUCAUGGGACUGAAACUGCCUUGGUCGCACUGGUUGAUGAUCUCCGGCAGGCUAGGGACAAAGGUGAGAGCUGUUUCCUGGUUCUGCUGGAUCUCUCAGCGGCGUUUGAUACCAUCGACCAUAACAUCCUUCUGGACCGUCUAGAGGGGCUGGGAGCUGAGGGCACUGUCAUACAGUGGUUCCGCUCCUUCCUCCUGGGCCAUGUUCAGAAAGUGGUGGUGGGGGAUGAGUUUUUAGACCCCUGGGCUCUCACUUGUGGGGUGCCUCAAGGUUCUGUCCUCUUCCCCAUGCUUUUCAAUAUCUACAUGCAGCCGCUGGGAGAGAUCAUCAUGGGGUCUGGGCUGGGUGUUCAUCAGUAUGCGGAUGAUACCCAGCUCUACCUCUCUUUCAAAUCAGAACCAGUGAAGGCGGUGAAGGUCCUGUGUGAGUGUCUGGAGGCAGUUGGAGGAUGGAUGGCGGCUAACAGAUUGAGGUUGAAUCCUGACAAGACAGAAGUACUGUUUUGGGGGGAUGGGAGGCGGGCAGGUGUGGAGGAUUCCCUGGUCCUGAAUGGGGUAACUGUGCCCCUGAAGGACCAGGUGCACAGCCUGGGAGUCAUUUUGGACUCACAGCUGUCCAUGGAGGCACAGGUCAAAUCUGUGUCCAGGGCAGCUGUUUACCAGCUCCAUCUGGUACUUAGGCUGAGACCCUACCUGCCCGCGGACUGUCUCACCAGAGUGGUGCUUGCUCUAGUUAUCUCCCGCUUGGACUACUGCAGUGCGCUCUACGUGGGGCUACCUUUGAAGGUGACCCGGAAACUACAACUAAUCCAGAACGCGGCAGCUAGACUGGUGACUGGGAGCGGCCGCCGAGACCAUAUAACACUAGUCUUGAAAGACCUACAUUGGCUCCCAGUACGUUUCCGAGCACAAUUCAAAGUGUUGGUGCUGACCUUUAAAGCCCUAAACGGCCUCGGCCCAGUAUAUCUGAAGGAGUGUCUCCACCCCCAUCGUUAAGCCCGGACACUGAGGUCCAGCACCGAGGGCCUUCUGGCGGUUCCCUCACUGUGAGAAGCCAGACAGAGGGCCUUCUCGGUGGUGGCGCCCUCCCUGUGGAACACCCUCCCACCAGAUGUCAAAGAGAACAACAACUACCAGACUUUUAGAUGACAUCUGAAGGCAGCCCUGUUUAGGGAAGCUUUUAAUGUUUGAUGUAUUACAGUAUUUUAAUAUUUUUUUGGAAGCCGCCCAGAGUGGCUGGGGAAGCCAACCAGAUGGGCGGAGUAUAAAUAAAUUAUUAUUAUUAUUAUUAUUUAGAAAUUGCUGGUGGAGAUCAGCAUAUAGUUCACAAUGAAGAACCAUAUGUUCUGCUUAUUGAAUAUGUCUUUCCUUCACUGCUGACCAACCACAGCCUGUCCCCAGGGAGCUGAAAUUCAGAGCAGGGAAGGUGGUUUCUGUUGCAGCAACAACAACCUCUGGGAGAGGGUGGCCUGGUAUCACAAGCAAUACACAAAGGCCAAAUAUUCAGUGUCCACCUUUUGCCAUGAGUCCUCCUGCUUCCUAGGCCCCCUUCAGCUACCUGCUAAUGUACUACAACACAAUAUAGCCUCUGCUGUCUCCUUUCCAUGGCACUGUCAGGAAUACACAGCCACACCCCAGCCUGUCAGAGCUGUUCUUGGGAAGCUAGUGACACAGAGCAGAAUGAGGUAGGGAUGCAGAGGCAGAGUCCUGAGAUAGAAUAGAUUGUUCCACUUUACACUGCAGUUUCAGCUGCAGAUGCUUAGUGCACAAUGUUCUGCAUUUAAACGUUGAUAUGAAAUGAUCCCAUAAACCCACCGUCUAUGUAAGAGUCUCCUGUUACAAAAUGAGGGACUAGUCUGAAGUCAGUGGAUUCUGGACAGGACUGCAUGUUUGAAUAACCACUUUUCUUUAAAAAGAAACCUCCCUGCAUGUAGAAGACCAGUGCAUCAGGGAGAAUGGUUUAGUACAGGCCGUUCCCUGGUGUGUUUUAGUACACGUUGAGGGAUUUUUAUGCACACUGAUGUACGUUAUGCAGAAUGAGUGGUAGGACAACACUGAACUGAAAAGGGGCUCAAAUUAAGCCUCAGGUCAAAAUUUCCAGAAAUGUUGUGUAGUAAGUAGACCCACUUUAACGGAUAAGCUGGGGAGGAGCUACAGAGGCUUUCAACUUCCUAGCAGGUGCCCCUCUCAUAGAGAACACCUGCCACCUUACUUCAUGCAGGCAGUUCUCUACAGGCCUGGCACAAUGCAAUGUGAGCUGGUGGGUUUGGGUCAUCGCUAAAAAUGGCAGAAGGCACAUGUGUGAGAGAGGGCAGGGAAAUGUUCUUUUCAUUUUUCCACCUCUGGCAGCAAAACUUGAGCCAGCCUUGCUAACGUCUUUCUUUUUGGCAAAGGUACGCAGCUGCUACUGGAUGCCUGCUUCCACAACAACGUCCAGUAUUUUGUCUUCACCAGCAGCAUUGAAGUGAUGGGUCCAAACAGAAGAGGGGACCCCAUUGUUGAUGGCGAUGAAGACACAGUGUACCACGAUACCAGAAAAUUUCCUUACGCUGAAUCAAAGAGAGUAGCGGAGAAAUUUGUGCAGCAGCUGGAUGGCCAGCCGCUGAAAGAUGGCAGCAGUCUUGUGACGUGCGCGUUGAGGUCCCCGUACAUCUUUGGAGAAGGAAGUCCUUUCCUUCUGGGCCAUCUCGAUGAAAGCAUCCAAAACAAUAAUGUCUUUAUAAGGCUAUCUAGGAAGGAGGCUCUCGUAAAUCCCAUCUACGUAGGGAACAUUGCUUCGGCUCACAUUCAAGUGGCGAAAGCCAUGAGGGAUCCAGAAAAGGUCAAGCGGAUCCGAGGAAAAUUCUAUUACAUCACAGAUGACACUCCCCACAUGAGCUAUUCAGACUUAAAUUACGAGCUGAGCAAGGAGCUGGGGUUUGGGAUUGAACCCAAACUACCAAUGCCCUUGACAAUGUUCUAUUACUAUAGUCUGCUGCUGGAGAUUGUGAGUUUCUUACUCCGGCCUUUUGCCAGAUACAUUCCCCGCAUCAAUACUCACCUUGUGACCUUGGUCAAUACCCCUUUUAGCUUUUCUUCCAGAAAAGCUCGACGGGAUUUUGGCUAUGCACCUCGCUACAAAUGGGAAGAAGCCAAGGAGCUUACAAGCCAGUGGAUUGCCAAAGUAGCUCCACUGAGAAGGGCCUACCUGAAAAACAAGACCCUCUAAAGUUGACCUCUGUGGCAGGAUGAAGAGGAGGCAGGAAGUAAGGAGGGUGGGAAUCAGCCGGGAGGCAACAGAGCAGCCAAAGUGUGGAACCCACUUUCUGUAAUGCCUGAAUGAAGUACAAGAACCCUUUUGUUCACUGUGGACAUUAAUGAUCAAGCAGAUCCCCGCAGAGUUCUUCACCAGCUCUCAUGGGCCGCCAUCUGCUCCUGUCACCAUUCAAAACUGCAAGGACAGCAGUGAUUUGUCACAUACAGGUUACUUGCAGAGAAAUGUUAAUAAUAGCAAUGCAUAUAUAAAAUCAGCAGGACAUGCGUGACCUGUGCAACAGGUGUUGUGUGGGGGGUUUUUUUAAUUGAGUUUAAUUGAGGGCCAUUUUAUAGAAUCAGCAUGAUCAAGUGGCAAUGGUUUUUGUGAUAAGGGUGAUGAGGUGUGCUGCCAAAAAAGGGCGGGUGAGGAAAAAAUACAUUCUUAAAGAAUAUGGUGCAAAGAAGGGUUUGGCCUGGUUCUCGUCUCAGUUUCCUAUUUUUCUCUAGUACGGUCCAUAAAAUAGUUACCACCUGAUCCUGCUGAUUCUAUACUCUGGCCCCCAAGUCAUGCCAGCUAACAAAUUCUUCUACCCUACGGUGCCUCUUCACCCUGGGGACUGUAUAGAGUGCAAGAUUUUCACUGUCCCGUUAAGUGCAUCUGAACACUUUCCAGAUACCCAAAUGCAAUUUCAACCAGAAAUCCAAGCACAGGUUAAAAAUGGAAGAAUAGGUAACUCUUUUUUAUAUUAAAAAAACCCCAAGGUUUUAUUUCAGAGAAAAGUAAACAUUGUUAACAUGUUCAAAGGGUCUUCCAUUUCCUCUCCCCACCCCACCAGGUUCAGCUGAGCCCCUAGAGCAGCAUGCGUAUACAUAUAAUUUUUUUGAAGAAAACAUCAAUGCAAUCAGGGGAGACAUUGCGUGAAAGACGAAGGGGAAUUUUCCCACCUGCAGAUGAAAAAGGGAGGGGUUUCCAAAUUCACCAUUGGGAAUCAACUACACAACACAGCAUGCCUUCCACUCGCUAAACAAGGACAAACAAAGUGUUCCUCUCACUUACUGCACAUCAGCUGAGGUCUUGGUGACUGCAUCCCUACAGGUCCAAAGUUCCCAUUCUUUGUUGAACUCUGCUUCCCUAACCCAGCUCACCAAUCCAUCAACUAUACUCACUCACUUCCCCAAAUUACCUGACUUGCAACUUCCAGCCUCCCUCCCUGUUGCUUGGGGAAGCGCCGCCCUACUGGCUUUUGCCCCAGGGCCACACAAGUCCUUCCACGUAAAUUUGGCUAGGCUUUCCAGACACACACGCCGCCCAUAGUUUAAACACUGACUUGGCAAGCAACGGUUUACACACAGCAAACAUGUUUCCUACUUAAAGUACAGCUCUGGCCUCUGUUCACUACAGUUAAAAACGCUACGUUUCUUAAGGUUCCUUCUUUAUUUCAUUUCCCCAUGAAACUUAGAACAUUCAUUAGCUUUUAUAGACAAGGCAGUCGUCCUCCCCCUGCUUCCCUAUCCUAUGUGAAGUCUGUGGUGUUGUACGAGGUGCGUCUUGUAUCGGAAGCCUUUGCCGCACUCGGCACACUUGUAGGGUUUCUCCCCCAUGUGGGUUUUCCGGUGCCUUGCGAGAUGCGAACUCUGUAUAAAGCCUUUUCCACAUUCAACACAUAUAUAGGGCUUUUCCCCUGUGUGCGUUCUCUGGUGCUGAGUCAGGGUUGAGAAAUCGCUGAAGCUUUUCCCGCACUCGCUGCAUUCAAAGGGUUUCUCUCCCGUGUGGGUUCUUUGGUGGUUCACAAGGUGCGAGUUCCGACUGAAGCAUUUCCCACACUCGGGACAAAGGAAAGGCUUCUCUCCGGUAUGGAUUCUCCUAUGUGUAAAAAGGUGAGAGCUCACCGUGAAGUUUUCCCCACAUUCACUGCAUAUGUAGGGCUUCUCCCCCGUGUGAAUUCUCUGGUGUUUAAUAAGGUCAGAGCGCCAGCUGAAGCUCUUGCUACAUUCAGUGCACUUAUGAGGCUUCUCUCCCACUGGAGUGAUCUCAGGUUGGACAUUAAGGCUUGAAUUAUAUUGGACGCUCCCCCCACCUUCGGUGUAACGAAAAGGUUCUACUCCCAAGGGAAUCCCAGGUGGAGACACGAUGUCCUGGAGGAGUCCCAGGCUACCACCUCGAUCUGCAGAUUCAUUAUGCUGCUGAUCAGGACAAUUGUCUUGCAUCUGUUCAUCUUCAAUGGCUCCUCCAUGACUUUGAGGAGCAUUUUCUUCAUUUUGUCUCAGUAGAAGCUCAUCUUGCUGCACCUUCUCUGCAUCAUCUCCAGGAGGAAUCUCUUCCUCGUACUCACUUGGGAUCUCAGAGUUUCCUAGAAAGCAGAAGCAUCAGAUAGGAGGAUUUAGACCAAUAAUAUUAAUAGUAGCCUGAAAAGUAGGUAUGACAUUCCCCCUGAGGACUUUAAGAAUCCUACAGGCUAGGGCGGAAUAACUAGAAGACACUUCAUGGCAUGACUUUGGGGAGAUGGGUGUGAGGCAGGCACAGGCAAGUUAACAGCCAAGGAGAGAGGUAAUUCAUGCUGGCAAUGACCCCAUGAAGGUGAGAAGUGGGAAAGGGGGGGACUAAUCCUUCCCCACCAAAUAAACAUGGAUUUGAAACUGGAGUUGCCCAGUCUCCUCCCUGCCCAAUCUUUCUCAGGGGAAGGGCCUGGCAGGAAGCGUAUGCUGCUCAGUGCUGCCACUCGCCCACCCCAGUGUUGCCUCAUAAGGAAAGCACAACUACACAAUUGGCCACCUGAGACAAAGAUGCAGAAGAGAGGAGGAAGGAGAAAGUGAGGACAUCUAUACAGUCAUAACUCGGUUUACAGGCGCUUUGGGUUGCGCGAUUUCGGGUUGCGCACUGGGCUGAACCCAGAAGUACCGGAAUGGGUUACUUCUGGGUUUCGGCGCUUGCGCAGAAGCGCUAAAUCACGCUUUGCACAUGCACAGAAGCACCAAAUCACAAUCCGCGCGUAUGUAGAUGCAGCGCUGCAGGUUGCGGACGCUGUGGGUUGUGAACGUGCAUCCCGCACGGAUCACGUUUGCAACGCGAGCAUCCACUGUACUGCCAUUAGUGAUGAAGAUUAGUGAAGACCAGCUAGAAAGUGUGUUUCCAGCCACACCGUGCAUAAAGCGAGACCAGGAUGAGAUAUUUGAUAGAAAUAUCUUUUUUUGGACUGUUCUAGCUCACCUAUAAAUUCUCUUUCUGUAGAACUGGAGAGCACAGAUGCACACAGUUCUUCUACUGGUUCCAUCCACAGAUGUCACGCUGAGGAAUCCUGUUCACGGCAAGACAUAUAGAAAGAUAGGCAGACGAUACUGCAAAUGUCUGUAAAAUCUCUUCCAAGUGCAAUACAUUAAUCAAAAUAACAAACCACACAACCCCUUCACUAGCACAGUAACAGAAACUUUACCCAUCUCCCAGGUCAGAACCCACCUUCAACAUGGCCAUCUGAGCUCACUGCAAACCCAUCUCCAACAUGCACCUCUCUGAAAUUAUUGUUAGCAGUAUUUAUAUGACACCAUCCCUAUACACGCUUCCUCAGAUGAAGAGCGGUUCACCUCGUAUCUUCAGAGAGAGAAAAUAAUCCGUUUAUCCAAUUUACACAUGAAAACAAUUAAACUUUCACCUGGUGCCUUCAUGCAAAAACUGGAAAAUUACUCAAGACCCUGAGUGCGCCGCUUUCGAAUCUCCUCCACUUUGCCCCAAAGUCUGUUUAAAACAAAAUACAGGGACAAGGGGGGAAAUGAAAAAUGUUAUUAUGCAUCUUUACAUUUCAUAGCAGCAGAAGCUUGGGAGUAGAUUGCAAGAAUCUCCUCAGAAAUACUUUUCCUGCCACUCCACUCCCCCCCAUCAAUGUUCUACAUGAAGAACAUGGAAAUGCAUGAGGAUUUGUAUACACAGCUCAAGGUCAAACAAUACAUGAUAUAACUGGUUCUGCUAUAACUAUAUUCAGGCAUCACACCAAAGCCAUUGUUUGCUGUGAUGUCUGAAUGGACACGUCAAGGUUUGCAAUCCAUGAGCAAACCAGAAUCAGUAACCACAGUUUGAAAGGAAGUUACAAGCCACAGCUGGUGCUAGUUGUGGCCUGGUUUCCACAUCCCAAAAAGCCGGAGUAUGGCUUACUGUGCGCGGGUGGCACUGUGGGUUAAGCCACAGAACCUAGGACUUGCCGAUCAGAAGGUCGGCGGUUCGAAUCCCCGCGAUGGGGUGAGCUCCCAUUGCUCGGUCCCAGCUCCCGCCGACCUAGCAGUUCGAAAGCACGUCAAAGUGCAAGUAGAUAAAUAGGUACCACUCCAGUGGGAAGGUAACGGCGUUUCCGUGCGCUGCUCUGGUUCGCCAGAAGUGGCUUAGUCAUGCUGGCCACAUGACCCGGAAGCUGUACGCCGGCUCCCUCGGCCAAUAAAGCGAGAUGAGUGGUGCAACCCCACCGUCGGUCACGACUGGACCUAAUGGUCAGGGGUCCCUUUACCUUUUUAUGGCUUACUGUGACCGCAUAAAUGCACUGGCUUCUUAAGAGCAGCUCCCUUUUACUUUGGCUCAGUUACAGAUUGUGAUGAGGAAGAGAGACUUGAACCACAAUCAGCCUCAUAUGAAGCAAAACCUUUGCUUAACUGCUAAGCAGUUAAGCAGUGCUGAGCUGAAAAGCCUGUGAAGAAGCAAUGUCGCACCAGUCUCCUUUCUAGAAGGUUAAGUAAUAUAUUGUGCAUUUCCACUAAACCAUGGGUUUCACUUUGUGUGGUGUGCAUAUAUGUCCAGCAAUGUUGAAAUUGAAAAACUAAUUACAGGCAUUGCUCAAUCUAUAAGGGCACCUGUACCCCACCCCAAAUUGGUUUUUUCCCUUUUAAACUACGACUGUUGAGCAGAUGGAAACAAAAGAAGGCUUGCAGCUCCUAAUCAUGGUUAUUUCAUGUGCCUGUAAACCCAAACCAUGAUUUGGGUUUGAAAUAACAGUUUAUGCAAACCCUUGUUUAGUGUACAGCAGUACCUCGGGUUAAGAACUUAAUUUGUUCCGGAGGUCCGUUCUUAACCUGAGGUACCACUUUAGCUAAUGGGGCCUCCCGCUGCCACUGCGCUGCCGCUGUGCGAUUUCUGUUCUCAUCCUGAAGCAAAGUUCUUAACCCGAGGUACUAUUUCUGGGUUAGUGGAGUCUGUAACCUGAAGCGUCUGUAACCCGAAAUGUCUGUAACCCGAGGUACCACUGUAAUGGCUCUAUGGAGCUGCUUAUCUGCAAUAUGGCAUUGGUAAUAAACAAACAAACAAACAAACAAAUAAAUAAGAUAGUAUACUAUUAAUGCCUACUUUUAUAAUGAUGAAAGAUUUAAUGGGAUAUUUUUAUAGCAAAUUUAACAACAAAAAAUAAACAAAUGGGGGG